ACGUUUCCACCAAAUGGCUAGAUAUAUUUAUUCUGACCAUAUUGAAUUAUUGAUAAUUAAUAAUUGUUCAUCCAUACGUAGGAAACACGUGAUUUUUUUAACGCAAUAGCCAGCUCUUAUCAAUCUAUACAGAAUUAAUUCAGUGGCAAUUGUUUUUUUGUUCGCUACACAGUAUUGACUAAAUACAAACCUUGCCUGUGAGGCCAUUUUUUGAUUUAAUAGCCUGGAUUUCUCCUCAUAUCAGAGGUGUAGCCUACCCCGUUAUACAAUAAUUUGGUCACUUUGUUAUUUGACAACUUUAAAAGUACAACUUUGAAUUGCGGUCUAUGGUAUAAACAAAAAAGUUUCCGCAAAAAAUGACAGGCGUGGCUUUGUGUUCUAGUUCAUGACGUGUCGUUGACUUGUGUGAUUUCCUUAUAGUGGUAGCCGUUUUUAAGUAUUUGCGGUAUUCCUCUGAUGCAGAAGACAAUAUUAUACAGUAGUUCUUAGUUUGUACAGAAGAAACUACACGAAUAUGUUCACACUGCUUGUUGUCGUUGCUGGACUUGUCGCAGGUUAUGGACUUCUUAAGUGGUAUAUCAAACUUCCAAGAUGCAAAAGCGCAGCUACAUUGCAUGGGAAAACUGUAAUCGUGACUGGUUCCAACACAGGCAUUGGGAAAACCACAGCAAUGGAUCUGGCCAGGAGAGGUGCCAGGGUUAUAAUGGCCUGUCGAGAUAGGCACAGGGCGGAAGCUGCCAUCUGUGACAUUAAGAAGGAGACUGGCAACAAUGAGGUGGUCUUCAUGGAGCUGGACCUUGCAAGUCUGCAGUCUGUACGAUGCUUUGCUGAGAACUUCCUGAAGUCUGAACCUAGACUAGAUAUUCUUAUCAAUAAUGCUGGGCUUGUGAAUGGUGGGAAGACAAAGGAUGGCAUGGGAAUGAUCUUCGGUGUCAAUCACCUGGGUCACUUCCUGUUAACUGUGUUGUUGCUGGAUCGCCUGAAAGAAUGUGGUCCAAGCCGAGUGGUGACUGUCUCUUCCAAAGGUCAUGUUCAUGGCAAAAUCGAUUUUAACUGCCUGAGUACCCACAAAGACCUAGCUGUUGGAGAGACUGACUGGGCUCUGUUUCAGAAGUAUUGUCAUAGCAAGCUAUGCAAUGUGCUCUUCACGCAUGAGCUUGCCAAAAGGCUGGAUGACACAAAUGUCACCUGUUAUAGUCUCCACCCAGGAGGAAUCAAGACUGAAAUAGGCAGACACGCGGGUUUCUGGGCGCGCACAAUGUUGGCACCUAUCAUUGCCCUGUGCUUUGUGGAUGCUGAAUCCGGUGCCCAGACCACUCUCCACUGUGCCCUCCAGGAGGGCAUAGAGUCUCUGAGUGGACGUUACUUCUCCUGCUGUGCAGUAGAGGAGCUGGAUGCCAAAGCAAAGGAUGACGCUGUGGCCAAGAAGUUGUGGGAAGUCAGUGAGACCCUUUGCGGCAUGUCUUAAUACAAAUGCUGAGAACCUGCUUUUCACUGCGUUUAUUAUGCCUGAUGUUUUUUUGAUGUAUGUAUAUUGAUUUUCCAAGUAUAUGAAAACCUAUAUGAACGUAACAGUACACUGCCAGCCAAACAUAAAUACUAGACUGAAUAAACAGAAUUAAAAAAAAAAUGUUUUAUAUAU